GCUAUCCACCCCCUCCCCCCUUUCAUCACAUAGGCUAGCUGUCAUCCUGAGCACUGUAGAGACGACCGCUCAGUCGCUAAACGCUCGGAUGACGAGAGCAGCAGGCGACAUUCAGGUCAUCAUGGUCGCAUGAGUCGGGGGCAACCAUUCCGAGGGGACGACAGCCACUGCUGGAAUCCGUGACAUUUUCGACGAAGCCCACGGAGGACGGUUCUGGGAGAGUACAGGCAGAGACACAGAGGCGUGGACGCGGAGAAGAACGGCACAUUCCCCCCUAGUGUUGUCCUGUUUCGUUGGUGAAGGAAACUGUCUCACUCUAAGCUAUGGAAUGCUCCCUGCACUCGCCAUCACUAAUAUCCAAUCCCUGGACUGAACUCCAAACGCUUAGUUAGCGGCUGUGCUUCUCCCCUCGAACUCUUUAUAACCAGGGGACGAAGAAAAGGAGUGGGCUUACCAAGUCCAACACAUUGCACAGAGCGCUUGUUUUUGUAGAAUAUUUAAGCUAGUUUUUUAUUUGUUUUUCUCCGAUUUGGAUUUUUUUUCCUGGCAAAAUCAUAUCAAGAUGGAUCUGGAACCGUAUCUGUGGAUGGUCAUUGUUGGCUUCAUCAUCGCCUUCAUACUGGCCUUUUCAGUGGGCGCCAAUGAUGUGGCCAAUUCUUUCGGCACAGCAGUGGGGUCCGGUGUGGUCACAUUGAAGCAGGCCUGCAUCCUGGCGUCUAUCUUUGAGACACUGGGCUCAAUGCUGCUGGGGGCCAAAGUGGGUGAGACGAUUCGAAAGGGCAUCAUAGAUGUCAACUUGUACAACGAAACUGUGCCCGUACUCAUGGCAGGGGAGGUCAGCGCCAUGGUCGGGUCAGCAGUCUGGCAGCUAAUCGCCUCCUUCCUCAAAUUGCCGGUCUCUGGGACUCACUGCAUUGUUGGCGCAACUAUCGGCUUCUCCAUGGUGGCCAUCGGCACCAGGGGCGUGCAGUGGAUGCAGCUUGUCAAGAUUGUGGCGUCGUGGUUCAUCUCCCCCUUACUCUCUGGGCUCAUGUCUGGACUCCUCUUCAUCCUUAUCAGACACUUCAUCCUCAGCAAGGAUGACUCUGUCCCUAAUGGCCUGCGAGCGCUGCCCCUCUUCUAUGCCUCCACAAUUGGGAUAAACACAUUCUCCAUCAUGUACACUGGAGCCCCAUUGCUUGGGUUAGAGAUGCUACCGGUGUGGUCCAUCUUUCUCAUCACUUUAGCUGAGUCGCUGAUCUGUGCAGCUCUGGUCUGGAUAUUCGUCUGUCCCUGGAUGAGGAGGAAAAUAGCAAGUAGGUAUCUAUGUCGUCUAAAGAAGGAGCAGGCUCUGUCAAGAAUCUCUGAUGAGAGCCUGGACAAGAUACCUGAAGAGGAGGAGGAGAGCCCCGUCUUUAAGGAGCUACCAGGGGCCAAAGGAACAGAUGAGGCUGUGUUGCCGCUCACCGGGGGCAGCAGUGAACGGGGCACCCGCGACUCCAGUGGAGAGCUCGCUAACCUGGCUAAUGGAGGCUCUGUCCUGCCUAACGGCAGGGUAUAUGGCCGGACCCACUCAAUGACCAAUGGCAGCCUUAAGUCACCCAUCGCAAAUGGCAGCUUCAGCUUCGAUGGCCACAUGCGCAGCGAUGGCCAAGUGUACCACACAGUGCACAAGGACUCAGGUCUCUAUAAAGACCUGCUUCAUAAAAUCCACCUGGGCCGCAUGGAUGACGACCGCUCAGGGUCCAACGCCGGCCCGGCUGACAACAAUUACCGCUUGCUGCGCCGCAACAACAGCUACACCUGCUACACAGCCGCUAUAUGCGGCAUGCCCGUCCAGCCGCUCAUUCGCACAGAGUCACGUGAGGACAGUGAAAAGUUGGUAGGGGAGGGAGGCGGCAGGAGCAACAGCGUGUCCUAUUCCAAAAAGAGGGUACGUUAUGAUAGCUACUCAUCGUACUGUAACGCUGUGGCUGAGGCUGAGAUCGAGGCAGAGGAGGGUGGGGUGGAGAUGAAGCUUGCUACGGAGCUGGAGGGAGUGGAGGAAGGGGCUCCAGCCCCAGUGCCUCUGGACGACUUGGCCGAGGAGGAUCAUGAGGAAAAGGAUAAGCCUGAGGUGUUCCUGCUUUUCCACUUCCUGCAGAUCCUCACUGCCUGCUUUGGCUCCUUCGCCCACGGAGGCAACGAUGUCAGUAAUGCCAUUGGGCCCCUGGUGGCACUGUGGAUGAUCUAUGAGCAGGGCGGUGUGAUGCAGGACGCUGCCACUCCCGUCUGGCUGCUGUUUUACGGUGGCGUAGGCAUCUGCUGUGGCCUGUGGGUGUGGGGCCGCCGCGUCAUCCAGACCAUGGGGAAAGACCUGACUCCCAUCACCCCCUCAAGGUGGGCUCAGUCGUGGCCGUGGGUUGGAUCCGCUCCCAGAAAGCGGUGGACUGGCGCCUCUUCAGGAACAUCUUCCUGGCGUGGUUUGUCACAGUGCCCGUGGCUGGCCUGUUCAGCGCCGCCAUCAUGGCCCUGUUCGUCUACGGCAUCCUGCCCUUCGUCUGAGGGCGCUCGGCAUGGAGGGAGAACAGGGGAGGACGAGAGAGAGAGAGAGAGAGAGGGAAACUUGGGUAAAAAUCAUAGUGUCGGUGUUGCAGAUAAAGGAGGAGGAAUUGAAGAGAAGCAAAGGGCAAGGGUGACGGGGAAGAGAGGGAGGAAGAGGCAGAGUUUUACAGAUGGACUUGGUUGUACUGUGGAUGUGAGGAGGGUUGGUUCAUAUGCUGCCUGGUCCAGAUCUUUUUGACUCAUUUAAGUUUCUGAUUGUUUUUUUUAUUUAUUCUCAUUUUGGGUGCAAAAGAAAGUGUGUAACAAACAUGUCCACCGUACCAUUCAAUCUACUGUACAUAUGACAAUAAUCUGGAGUUUUCCAGUAAUUUUUAACAUGAAUUAUGAUUGUUGGAGAAACGGCAGCAGUCAUUUCAUUUAAAAAAAAAAAAAAAAUGAAUAAAAAAAAGACUGCCCAUGACUUAAAGUAAUCAAAUGAUUAAUUCUGCAGGCAUAAAUUGACAAACAGGCCUGUAGUAAAACUAUAUCAUUCUGCCUGCUAUCCCAGGUAGUGUAGUCGGUCAAGUGCUUAUUAUUAUUGUUCUAAAAUGCCAGAAAAAAAUGUACAUAUUGUUAUAUUGGAUUGAGUGUGACUUGUUGUAUUGCGGCUUGCUUUAAAGGUUUUUUUUUGUUUGUUUGUUUUUUUUUUUAAAGAUGAAAGCCAACCCAUCCAUCACCCCCCCCCUUAACAUGCUACAUGUACAACUAGGGCCAAAUGGAAAGGACAGCUUAGAGAGGGGUAGUGGGACUGUCGCUCUGCUUUUUUAUUUUCCACAUGAUACCAUAGAAACCUGAUUUGCUAAAGAGUUGAUUUUUGUCCAGAGCUCCUGUAUGUUUAUAGAGAUGGAUCUCAUAUUUUUUAAUGAUGUAUUAUACUGUAAUUUGUACUGUAAAUACUGUCCUGAAAGAGUUUGGGGGGGCGGGAAAGGGAUUCACGACUUGUUUUUAAUGCCAUAAGUGGGGAGAGGUGGGCUCUUCACCUCCUCGUGAUGUCAUAUUAUAGAGUAUUUUUCAUCCCAGAGGCUUAUAGUGGAGUGCAAACACACUUAAUGAACACACAUGAAAGCUGCUGUUUUUCAGAGGUUGGUAGGAGUAUAAUAAUUGGAAAACAGUAUUUUAAAUUAAUUAACCUGUUCACAACAGAGAAAACUGGAGAUAUUCAAUUCCUUCUGGUUUUAUCUUAUCAGUAUACAGUAUUGGUAGAAAGUUCAAGGUCUCCUCCUUGAGAAAAUACUUAGGUGAGUUUCAGAUGGUGAUAUUCGAGGGAGAGCAUUUCUAGUAGAAUGAGGUUUGGGUGCAGCAGAAGCCAAAACACUGAAACUGAACACAGACAAAACCACACUACAGUUCCAUAAAAUGUUCACAUAAUCUUCAUCCGUAUGCCUUCUUGUUUUCAUACACAAAGCUCAGUUACUGGAGUCAUUUCCUCAUAUUGAAGGCUCCCUGCCAAUGAUUGACCUCUACACUGUCCAUGGGUCAUUUCAGAUCUCCCUCCUGUCUCAUAUCACUCAUGUGACAAAUCUGAGGUAUGGCUCUCAAGAUGCCUCUAAACAUUAAAAGCCUUGUCACAUCAAAUUCUAUGUCAUAUCAAACACUAACUCUUGUAUUAUAUCUCAGUCAGUUAUGCAGAAGUGGAAAGAAGGGGGAUUCAACCCCAAGCCACACGUGUAGCUCCUCAAGCCUGGUGGUGUUUGAAGUGUAGAAGUAUUUAGUCUAUUGAUCACCUGUGUUUCAAUCGAAGUGCUAAAGGUUAGGUAGAUAUCGCAGGGUCAAGUUUAGGGCUGAAUCGAAGCCCAGCGGGGGUUUUGAGGCCACUCAUCUCACGAAAAUAUCAAGACUUUUGUCUUAGGAUCGUUAUGUUUGAAUGAGAUGGUGGAGGGGGGGGGAUAGUACUGAUCAUCACCAGCUUUUUAACAGGGUCACCUGACUUGUAGAUGAACAAAGUCUAAAGCUUUUUUUUUUUGUUUUUUGAACAAACUCGAAGCCAGGUGUUGCAAGUUCUUUUCGUUCUUGUGGUGUUUCCUUAUUUCAUUUUUAUUUCUCAUGAACAAAUCUAUGCUUAAGUAGCCACUUGCCUUGUAACAUUGUGUUUUACUUUUGUGAAGAUACAGUAAAAUUAUUAAGUACUGUGGUGUUUACAUUGUAACCAUAUUGUAGAAUAUCUGAAGAAAAAAAACUGUUGCCUAAUGAUGCCAAUGAAAGACACUAUUAACCAAGAUUUUUUAAGUGCAAGUAAAAAAAAUAAUAACCUGAAGUGUCUAGAGAAAGAGAGCGAGAGCCAGCGUGCGCAAUGACUCAUUUGUUUUGUUUGUUUGUUUUUGGUGUAGUAGUAGGGGUAGUGCUAAUCAUGUCCCUGUCACUUUACACUGCUACUACAAUGAGUUAACAGUACAUGUAUGGGUGCAAUUCAGUAAUGAAGAGAAUGACUAGAGAAAUUUCAUCAAGACUAUAUAUUUUUCUACCAUAUCUGAGUUAUAACCUGGGCAAGCUUCCAGACACUUUGGAGGACACACUGAUGGGAAUAUGGAAAACAGGGACUAGUUGUUAUAAGAUCAGUGACACUGAGAUAUGGUCUUAUCGCAGGGUUUCUCACUUCGCUGGUGCCAUGCGCCACCCUUCCUCUAAGCCCAGUGUGUUCUUGUAACAUGUAGACUGAUGUGUCGGGUUGCCAAUAGAUCAGAUUUUGAAAUUUACCAUUUUUAUUUUUGAAUUUUAGAUGAAAACGCUUUGUAAUUUUGUUUCCCUACUGCUUUGAUCAUGAGCUGUGAGAGCAGGACAGCAUCUUGCUAAAACCAGGACGACCGCUUACUGAAGGCGAAAUCUAGAAGCAAAAUCUCUAGUUGAGAAACUUAAAUCUUAAACUUGGUGUCUGAUAACUGGACUAUGAGGACAUUUGUUUCCUUGUUUUGGCAGGUAACCACUCUUGAAGCUCAUACCUUUUUACUCUUCCACAGACUGUGUGUUACUCAGGGGGGGCUGCACAGAGCUGGUGUGUUGAAAUUCUGUUUGUACUCUUGUGCAGUACAGGUACCAGGAGGAAGUACAUUUUUAAACUGAAAUCUCAUGAGGCACAAGAGUUCUGACAGUAUAUGUUCAAAAAUAAGUGUUCUGAACUGAGCAAGCGUUUGUUUUAUUGCUUAUGAACUCAGCUUUUCCUUUGGAAAAUAAUUUGUUACUUUCAGAGGUUACAUAGUCUUGCUUUAAUGGGUGACUUUUCAUUGCUUGAAGGUAAACCCAGUCCACGCCUCUCGAACAGAAAUCACUAAACUUGUGCAGAGUCUCAUACUAACUAGAUGGAAAGCGUCACUCAAACAUCAACACUCAAUUUACAGUAGCAGACACACAAAGAUGCACAUUUUGUCAUCUUGUAUAGAGCAACAAGCUAACUGAACUUCCAGGUUAGCUUCUUUUCCACUAGCCUUCAGUUCUCAAUGUAUUGUGCCAUAGAGGGAUUUUCAUUCUUCAAAAAAGCUUAUAUCUAUUUUGUUCACAUUCUAAAAUAAAUUGGGUAGGAUUAGGAAGACACUACCAUUUGAGCACCUUGUCAUUUAUCCAAGAUAAAACAAUUAUUUUGUUAGCAUGUAGCAACUAGUGCUACCAUGAGUCUUGGCUGCUGUUAAAUGCCAACAAAAUAUUUAUAUAUUCAUAUUUUAAAUAAUAAAAUGUAUUCAUAUAUUACUGUCUAGAACUCAAUAGUAACCCAUAAUAUUUAAGUUUUUAGAGGACUGAUGAAAGACUAUUGUCUGGCCGCAGCUGAUGGACAUUUGUUGCUCUUGUGUGCAAUUAGUAAACAAUGAAAUUAAACUGAAUCCACUUCCCUAACAUUAGAUUAUGAGGUUUAUUUGUAAAUGGUCUGAGGUCAGCCAGCACACUUCAGAUAUCUGGUUUGUGCUGUAGCACCAUGCUCUGCAAGGCCUUCCUUUGUAACGCACACGGUCACUUUUUUUGUUUUGUUCCAUUCAUUCUCAGCUCUGAUAGGCCAAAAGAGAUGCACUGCUCAAGAUAGGGAGGGGAAGUGAAAAUCGUGCUCUGGUGCGCGAUGGCUCAACUCAACAACUAAUGCUACAUGGUAAAUAUUACAGAAAUAUCUCAUGGGGGGCGGGGGGCAAAACUAACUUUGGCAGAAGAAUUGUGUUUAAGGACACAAUCAUUUACAGUAAGGAGCUGAUUGUCAAGAGUCAGACAUUGAGUUUAAUUACAUUAUCAAUUAUCAGCUAAACUUUUUAGAUACAUUUUUAGUUCAGAUUGUAUCCUGAGAGCCAAUGAUUGUCUGUAAAAUUUGUGACAAUCUUUUAAACUCAUCGGUUAGGUGGGAACGCAGCCACUAGAUGAAGUCUUGACACUUUCCCUCCCCCGUAGAGAGGAACAGCAUUUUAGACCGGUCCAUUUCAACUGAUUGGUAUAAAUCAAUAAAUGGUGUAAUUGCCAUUGAGGGAGUCACUGUGCUUCUAUUGCAUUAUAAAUGUUCUGUAACCUUUUUUUUUUUGGUCGAGAAAAUCUAGAGGAACGAUGUGCCAUUUCUCUCUCCCUGAAUGUGCAAUAUAAACGGUUUCUUGUGAGGGUGCAACUACAUUACUGUCACUGUGUGGUCAUGUAGCUCCAUCUGCCCUGGUGUAAUAGCGCCCUCUCCUGUUUGUACGGAACUAGCAUCGCCUCAUAGAGGUGGAGGGGGCAUCAGUUCAGACCUUCAUCUGGAUGUGGCGUGCUGUCUCUAGUUUUCUGGUCUGUUUUGUAAUAGAAUGUGCUCCUUGGCUGGCCUGCAGGCUUUACAGCUCUGUGUUGUCUUUUUACUGUUAACUGCUAUUUAACUGUCCGGUCCUUCAAGAGUUUCAAAAAAAUAAUAAUAAAGUAACGAAUAAAAAAAUCAAAGAAACUGUAGCCUGCUUCUACAAAAUCUUAAAGCUCUUCUGAUUUGCAUAUAUUGUACUGUAAUGUUUUAAGAUUUUAGUGAAAAAAUGUCUGCAUUUAAACUAAAUUGUGGGAAUAAAAAUUACAAAGAAUACCUAA